AUGUUAGCAAUUCUUCGGCAAGAUGUUACGUGGUUUGAUGGACAAGAUGCAGGGUCUUCGAUUAACAAUCUUUCUGACAGUAUCGAAAGUAUCGCCUUCGGAAUAGGGGAAAAUGUUGGAGCAUUUAUUCGUUAUGUGAGCAUCUUCAUCGCUGGAGUUAUAAUCAGUUUUGUCAAAGGCUGGAAGCUUAGUUUAGUCACAUGCAGCAUGCUACCAUUUGUCACAUUGUCUUUUGCAUCAGUUGCCUUUAUACUAAAGUAUUUUCAUGGAAAACAAAACGAAGCAUAUAACAAAGCAAGCGCUAUAUCAUUUGAGGUACUUAAAUCACUAAGAACUGUUUUUUCCUUCGGUGGAGAAGAAAAGGAAUUGGCCCGGUAUUGCAAAGAACUUGAUUAUACACAACGAGUUGGAAUUAAGCGCUCGACUGCUCUUGGAUUCCGUAAGUGA